AUGGAGGAAGUCAAAAUUCCCUCGUUCUAAGUAUGCCUGAUUUCUUCCCAGCUCAUGAAGGACCCCGUCACAGUCCCCACUGAUAUAACGUAGGACCGCGAGAGCAUGGAGAAGUUGUUGUUUUCCACUCUUUCCACAACAUCCACCAAGAAAGGCACAGGCCCCAUGACCAAGCAAGCGAUUCCAGUGCAAUUGACGCCCAACCUCACGCUCCGGCGUCUCAUCCAGUCGUGGUGCACCCUCAAUGCUGCGCACGGCAUCGAAACGAUUCCGACCCCAAGACCUCCUAUAAGCAAGUCCCAGAUUGCUAAGCUCCUCCGCGAGGCCAAGUCCCCGGAGAUGCGAAGCAAGUGUCUCAAAAGACUGCGGUCGAUUGUCAAAGAGAACGCCACUAAUCGAUGCUGCAUUGAAGCCGCUGGUGCCGCUGACUUCUUGGCGGCACUAGUGAAAAAUGAAACCUCCGCGUCCAACUGUGGCAGUUUGGAGGUCACAAAUGGACCGUUUGAUGAGGUUCUGGCCGUACUUUAUCACCUACAACUCUCUGAAACCAGCCUUAAGAAUCUCAUAAGCAACGGCGGAGUGUUUGUCGACUCGUUGACUCGAAUCAUGAGGAGCGGAACCUGUGAGUCUAGGGCAUACGCAGUCAUGUUGCUAAAGUCGACGUUUGAAGUUACUGAUAUUAUUCAUCUCUCAAGUUUGAGGAUGGAAUUGUUCGUCGAAGUAGUUCCUUUGCGUGAUCAUGUCUCGCUGAAGGCAACGAAAUCUGCACUGAAAUUGCUCAUCCGAGUCUGCCGGAUGUGUCAGAACCGUCUCAAAGCUGUGGAAGCCUGUGCCGUGCCAGUCUUGAUCGAUCUUUUUCUCGAUUCAUAUGACAAAAGGCAGAGCGAAAUGAUCCUUAUACUUUUGGACGUGCUGUGCCAAUGGGCAGAGGGAAGAGCUGAGUUGUUGAAGCACGGAGCGGGGAUCGCCAUCGUGUCGAAGAGAUGUGUCAGGAUUCUCUUGUCCAUCUCCAAGUUCUCAGCAACGCCGAGCAUCGUGCAAGAGAUGUUGCAAGUAGGCGUUGCUGCGAAGUUGUGUCUAGUCCUUCAAUUUGAGGGCACAAGCAAGACCAGAGAAACGAAAAAGAUUCUCAAAUUGCAUGCCCGGGCAUGGAAGAACUCUCCGUGUAUUUCUUGCUGA